AUGUCAGAUGGUACUCAAAAACUAUGGGGUGGGAGAUUCACUGGUGAAACCGAUCCUUUGAUGCACCUUUACAAUGCCUCUCUUCCGUAUGAUUACAAGAUGUACAAGGCAGAUUUGGAGGGAACCAAGGUAUACACCGCGGGCUUACAGAAGUUGGGUCUCCUAACGGAUGCAGAAUUGGCCAAGAUCCAUGAAGGUUUAGCUGAAAUCCAAAAAGAAUGGGAUGCUGACAAAUUUGUCCGUCAUCCAAACGAUGAGGAUAUCCAUACUGCGAAUGAAAGACGUCUCGGUGAAAUAAUUGGCCGUGAGAUUGCUGGUAAAGUCCAUACCGGCAGAUCCCGUAACGAUCAAGUUGUUACCGAUUUGAGAAUAUACUGUCGUGACGUUGUCAAUGACACGCUCUUUCCAGCUCUAAAGGGCUUGGUUGAUGUUCUAAUUAAAAGGGCCGAGGGCGAAAUAGAUAUUUUGAUGCCAGGCUACACGCAUUUACAAAGGGCGCAACCUAUUAGAUGGUCUCAUUGGUUGAGCUCUUACGCAACGUACUUCACGGAAGAUUACAAAAGACUGGGCCAAAUACUGCAUAGAUUGAAUCAAUCACCACUGGGUGCAGGCGCUCUUGCUGGUCAUCCUUACGGUAUCGAUAGGGAAUUUUUGGCUGAAGGUCUAGGUUUCAAUAGUGUUAUUGGUAACUCUUUAGUUGCUGUUUCUGAUAGGGAUUUCAUCGUGGAGUUGAUGUUUUGGGGAACCUUAUUUAUGAACCAUAUUUCCCGUUUUGCGGAAGAUUUGAUUAUAUAUUGUACGGCUGAAUUUGGUUUCAUACAGCUAAGCGACGCUUAUUCAACAGGUUCUUCUUUAAUGCCUCAGAAGAAGAAUGCAGACUCUUUAGAGUUAUUGAGAGGUAAAUCCGGUAGAGUAUUUGGUGAUCUAACAGGAUUCUUGAUGAGUUUGAAGGGUAUCCCAUCUACCUACGAUAAAGACAUGCAAGAAGACAAAGAACCACUGUUUGAUUGCUUGACAACUGUAGAACACUCUAUGCUGAUUGCCACAGGUGUUAUUUCUACCUUAACUGUAAAUAAGGAUAAGAUGGAAGCUGCUCUAACGAUGGAUAUGCUGGCUACCGACUUGGCAGACUACUUGGUCAGAAAGGGUGUUCCAUUCAGAGAGACCCAUCACAUUUCUGGCGAGUGUGUUGCUACUGCUGAAAACCUAGGUCUAAGUGGCAUCGAUAAAUUAACUCUGGAACAAUAUCAAAAGAUUGAUUCAAGAUUUGCAGAAGAUCUUUUUGAAACUUUUAAUUUUGAGCAAAGCGUUGAAAGGAGAAAUGCUACUGGUGGAACUGCUAAGUCUGCUGUAUUGAAACAAUUGAAUAACUUGAAAUCCCAACUAAAUUAA